AUGACGAGAAAAAAGCAUGCAAAACAAGCAAGAAAAAGCUCAGCAACGAUAGAUAUGGAAGCUCAGACUGAUACUUUAUUUACUAAGAUUCGCAACACUCUCUCUGAACUGGAAUGUGGUUUUGAUGACAUUGAUAGAUUACUCGAACCUAUGCUUUCUCAGCCCCUGAGUGAAUUAGCUUCAGGUCUAGGACCGAUAGACCGUGCAAGGUUAUACUUGCUUUACGGUUUUACACUCAACUCUUUGAUAUCAUUAUUUUUGGAGCUAAAAGGUCAGGACUCGAAAAUAAAAAUACUUGAGGAACAAUAUAAACGUAUACAAGACUGUUCAGAAAAAAUCACAAAUACCGUCAAUCCUCCUCAACCAUCAUUAUCACUCAAUCGUAAUGCUGCUUCAAGGUUUAUCAAGCACGCUUUAUCAAAUCCUGAUAGUGAUACAAGAGAAAAAGCAACAAAUUCCGGAACAAACACCAGAUUCGAUGACAACGAAGAUCAUAGAGGAGCUAAUAAUAACAGUAGAUCUAAUAGUAGACAUAAUUUUUCGCGCGAUGAUAGAAAUCGAGACAAUCGUUCGCGUUCAUCGCGGCAUGAUAGAGAUUAUAGGCCAUAUGAUCGCCGCGAUCGUGAUCGUGAUCGCGAUGUCGACGGAGGAGACGAACGUAAAAGCUUUUCUACUCUAUCUCUCCGCUCUCCGGAAUUGUAUCUUAUGUGA